AUGGAUCAGAAGUCAAAGUUCCAAACAACAAACGCUAUUGACAGUAUCAUAUCCGCCGAAAUACCAGAUAAAUCAGAAGAUGCAAAGUUGUAUGAGGUUGUGAAAGAUAUGAUGAUUCAUGGACCAUGUGGUCAUGCCAACCCCAAUUCACCAUGUAUGAGAAAUGGAAUAUGUACUAAGAACUUCCCGAAGAGCCACGCAGAAAAGACUACAAUCAAUAGAGAAGGAUUCCCAUUAUAUAGGAGACGCGAUCAGCCCAAUGUUUUUGUGGAGAAGAACGGUUUUAAAUGCGACAACAGAUACGUAAUUCCAUACAACAAAACCCUAUCCGUCCGUUAUAGAGCACACAUGAAUGUUGAGUGGUGUAACCAGCCAGAGGCUGUCAGAUAUUUAUUUAAGUACAUCAACAAAGGAGCCGAUCGUGUGUCUGUUGUUGUUGAGUCAGCUGAGGAAGUCUUUUGGAGCACUUUGGAGCAUUUGGGACGUGAGGAGCAAGGAAGGACUUGGUGCAUGGACGCAGCUCAACUGGACACACCAAGGACGAAGGAGGAAGUCAUCUUGAAGCCAGCUCGACCACCUACUCGACCAUCCGGUCGAGUUCCUCAACUCGACCGGCCAAGCUUCAACUCGAUCGAGCUGAGAAGUCAACAGUCAAACCCGAAAAAUGUUGCUUCCCCCUUGACUUCCCUUUGA